GGCUUAGUGUCAAGGGGGGAAAAAUGUUUGAGGAAGUGAGUACCGCGGGGCAGGGCGUGCGCUGCGUGGAGGGAUAGGCCUAUAAACUCACUCAAACUUCCUCGUCUUCACUUUGAAACUUCUUGCAGAAGACACUGGGAUUGUUUGAGCAGGGUUAUAAUUAGCCUACUGAAACCAUGUCGUGGGACGGAUACAUCACUAACCUGAUGGGAAAAGAUGGCAUUGGAGAUGCCGUAAUCGCGGGCCAUGAACUCAAUGUAGAGUCGGUGUGGGCGUCCCAGCCGAACGGCACAUUAUCUGGCAUAACGGCUGCGGAGAUCAAGGUACUGGUGGGGACCGACCGCUCGAAGCUGUUUGGCAAUGGCGUAACCGUGGCAGGGAUCAAGUGCACUGUGCUGAGGGAUACCCUGAACACGGAGAGUGUCUGGACCAUGGACAUGCGCACCAAAGCCACCGACAGUGACCCCACUACUUACAGCAUCUCCGUUGCCAAGAGCGGCAAAGCUCUGGUCAUUGCAAAGGGAAAAAAGGAUAUACACGGAGGAGUAGUGAACAAAGCGGUUUUCGAAAUGUGUGAUUACCUCAGGAAAAGUGGCUACUGAGAAUGCUCUGCCUGUACAACUCCACCACUGACAGCUCCCCCCCCGCCCCCUUCUCCCUGAUUACCACCUCUCGCCUCAGUCCCCACCAUCAGGCUCGCCUCAGGCUUAUUGCUGAUGAGCCGCAUAUGACCCAUCUAUUCAGGCUAGUGAUUCAGUUCGUAACAGCAAGCCACUCUCCACAUGCUAUUGUAUACCACUGUUGUUAUUAUUUAGAGUACAGUGAAUGAUGACAGGAUGAUGUCGGUUGUCAGUGCCUAUCAUCCCAUCUUCAUCUCCCCCCCCCCCAUCAUCCUCUUCAUCAUCAUUAUCAUCAGCAACGCCUCAGGAGGGAUUGAUCACUGUGAACCCUUAUGAUGGCUGCAUGUUUGACUGGUGUGAUUGUUAACGGUACACAGCGUUCAGUAUUUGGCAGGGAUGUGACUGGAUCAUUUAAAUCUCUAUCCCCUCAGGUUAAAGCCAUCUGCUGUAGUGUAGCCAUUAUUAUUAUUUCAUUGUUUUUUUUUUGUUGUUGUUGUUACCUACAGAACAAAACAAGAGAUUCUAAAUAAAGAUAAAUAAUUGUAAGGUCA